AUGAUCGGCAUCACGAUCAGCAUCCACAUCAAUCCUGGGGCAUUCAAUAUGAUGAAUCAGCACCAUGAUCAGCACCAAAGUCAGCACCUGUCGCACUUUCAAUCAGACGAUGGCACUCUUCAACGAUCGUCCGUGUCUCCACAGUCAAGCCACAUUUUUUCCACGAGAUCAAGAACUUCAAAGAGGUACGAGAGCGAUAUGAAGAGCGAGAAAGAGAAUGAUUUCAAGGGCCUACAUCUAGACGCCGACGAAAGUAGAAAGGCAGUAUGGUCAAGCUUCAAUGAGAUGAUCAGACGUUCUUUCACACCCAUCGUGAAAUUUGCCGUUCUGCGCAAUAUCUCAGUUAGCGAGGCGGUGAAGCGAAAGCGGAGAAACACUCUGGCACUCGCACCUCCUUCUUGGGUGACUUUCACCGUCGACAAUCCAUACGGACCCAUUGAGGAGCGUGAUUAUUUCAAAACUCUAGAACAGGUUGCAUUCGUGUCUAAAUGGGCAAAUGAGGAGAGGAAGAAAUUCGCUCCGGUAAUGCCUAAUCAAGAACUCGACUACAUGAUAUUUGAUAAGAGCACGAGACGAUGGACCAUGAGGCCUGGAGUCACGUCCGGAGAAGUGGAGAUCAAGAAGGAGCCUGAAAUUUGGUGGAAGGACAACAAGAACAAGAAGACGCCUGUUGUGCGUCAUCAGGAAAGGAAGAAAAAGAAGGCGCUUAACCGGUCCAGACGACACCCCGAAAAGUACCGGCGCCAAAAAGAACAAAUCGAAUAA